CCAGAUUACUCAUUAUUCAUUCACUGCAUUAAAAAGGAAACGCAAAAGGUCCUGCGAUCGUCAUGUACAGAUUCGUGAACCGGAGCUGGACCGUCGAUUCCGUCAUCCUAGUAAUACCGGUCAAACUGAAGGCGCUGCAAUCCAAAAACUAAAAAAGGAAAAGCAAAAUCGGAUGGUUAAAUCGACCGAUUGUGAUUUUGAGGGGGAUAAUUCAGGCUGGACCUGGGAAGAAGACAAGCGAUUUGAAGGAGCACUCGUGGAGUUUCCCGGAGAUUGCGCCCAUCGUUGGGAGAAGAUAUCGGCGAGGCUCGGGACGAAAUCGGCGGCUGAGGUUGAGCGGCACUAUGAUAUUCUGUUGGAUGACUUGGCGGCAAUCGAGGCGGGGUUGAUCGAGCUUCCGGAAUACUCGCCGACCGAGGACGCGGUUCGGCCGUCGGAGCCCCUGAAAAACCCUAAUUCUGAGAAAGGGGCGCCUCGAAAGGCGGCCAAGCCGUGGACGGAAGAUGAACACAGAUUAUUUCUAAGUGGGCUUGAACAAUACGGGAAAGGAGACUGGAAAAGCAUUUCGAGACACGUAGUCCAGAGUAGAAGUCCUGCUCAGGUAGCGAGUCACGCUCAAAAGUACUUCAAGCGCCAGGAAAAGACGGCGCACAACAAGAAAAGACGAAGCAUUUUUGAUAAUUCAACUGCUCAAACCCAUAAUUCUGCCUCCUGAUUUCUAUGGUAAUUUCAUAGCAAUGACUUUUAGAACAUUAUUCACUUAUUCAGUAAAAUAGGCAUAUUGUAGUAGAUGUUACCCUG